AUGGGUGACGCCGAUAUCACAACGAGCCAGUGGAGGCUGGUCGAGGUCGGCCGCGUCGUCUUGUUCAGCGGAGGCCCGUAUGAUGGACGGUUAGCCACAAUUGUUGAGAUCAUCGACCACAAGCGGGUGCUCGUUGAUGGACCAUCCGAGAAGGGCCCCGUCCCCCGACACGCCGCGCCCAUCACCAACCUCUCCCUCACCCCGAUCGUUCUUCCCAAUCUUCCUCGUGGUACCGGCGUCGGCAAAGUCAAGAAGGACUGGGAGAAGGCGGAGGUGGACAAGAAGUUCGAGGAGAGCACCUGGUCGAAGAAGCGCGCUCAGUUCCAGAAGAGGAAGCAGCUGAACGACUUCGAGAGGUUCAAGGUCAUGAAGCUGAGGAAGCAGGCACGCUUCGAGGUCCGGAAGACUCUCGCCAAGCCGGCCGUGCACCACCCUGUCCUCCUCACCAAACACGUCAACAUGGCCAACCCACGCAUUGAAGAACUCCCGGACGAGCCCGAGAAGAAGGGCGCCGAGGUCGAGGACGCAGAGUCUAGCGACGAAUCUGAGGGCGAGGGCGCUGGCGAGGCCGGCAUCCCCGCAGGUGCCUCUGUCGCCGUGCACUCGCGCAACGAGAAGAAGGCUCGGAAAGCAAUCGCCAAGCUCGGAUUGAAGCACGUCGAGGGCAUUACCCGAGUCACUCUUCGCCGGCCCAAGGGGAUCCUUUUCGUUAUCAACCAGCCCGAUGUCUACAAGUCCCCCUCGAGCAACACUUGGAUCAUCUUCGGCGAGGCCAAGAUCGAGGACCUGAACUCCCAGGCUCAGGCGUCUGCCGCCCAGCAGCUUGCCAACGCCGAGGCCGCCGCCCAUGACCACGCCGGACAUGACCACGACCACGACCACGGCAAGGGCAAGGGUAAAGCCGUUGAGGACAAGAAGGAUGAGGACGAGGAUGACGGCGAGGAGGUCGACGACUCCGGACUCGAGGCAAAGGACAUUGAGUUGGUCAUGCAGCAGGCUAGUGUGUCAAGGAAGAAAGCCGUCAAGGCCCUAAAGGAGAACGACAAUGAUAUUGUCAACUCCAUCAUGGCGCUCAGCAUAUAGGCCGGCUAGGCAGGACUUGCGUUUAGGGAAAUUCACAUAGCUCACCCCAGGCUUUGGAAGUCUCUGGGACUUCUGUCACCAUGUAUGAGGGCUUAUAAAACGGAUGUACCAAAAGCUAAUCUGGGUAAUG